GAUUUCCGUCUCCUCCUUUCCCUUCCCUUCCCCUUCCCCCUUGAACUAUACUUGGUACCUGAGCUUUACAGCUCUCGUAUUCAAGAGUUCCAAAAAAAGACUUCUUAUCAAGUCUACUUGAUUCCUGACCGAGGGUUAUCUUCCCAACGUCAGCAUAUUUUCAAACCUUGCGCCGUUGAGAUAUACGCGUACCUUUUUCCAUUCCAACACCAUGUUCGGAGGAGUCGAGUCCGAUCUCGAAAAAGCCCCCCAGGUGGGCAAAACGCCCAUGGAUGACAGCAGCGAUGGCGCUGUCCCUGGGGAGAGUUUCAUGUACGGCAAUUCGCUGUACGCAAAGCUGCAACGGUUGGCGGGAAAGCUCAAUAUUGAGCAGCGAGGUGUCGAACGUGUCCCGGACAAUGAACGGACUGACACGUCGUACUUCAAUAUCAGCAGCAUGUGGCUGGCGGCCAACAUGGUGAGCAGUUCUUUCGCUAUCGGCGUGCUUGGUUACUCCACCUUCGCUCUCGGCUUCGUCGAUGCCAUCCUCGUCUGCUUCUUCUUCAACCUGCUGGGUGUUUUGACCGUCUGCUGGUUCUCCUGCUUUGGUCCCGCCUUUGGUCUGCGCCAGAUGGUGCUCUCCCGGUUCUGGUUCGGUUAUUGGCCUACUAAGAUCAUUGCCCUCCUGAACGUUCUCUCCUGUUUGGGCUGGUCCGCCGCCAACUCCAUCGUCGGCGCCCAACUUCUCAAUGCGGUGAACUCCGACGUUCCUGGAUUUGCAGGCAUCUUGAUCAUCGCCAUCUGCACCCUCUUCGUCACUUUCGCCGGAUACAAGGUUGUCCACCUGUACGAGUACUACAGCUGGAUCCCGACCUUUAUUGUCUUCAUGAUCGUGUUCGGAUUGUUCGCCCACUCCGGUGAUUUCAGGAACCUCCCCAUGGGAACUGGAACCUCUGAGCUCGGCUCUUGCCUGUCUUACGGUGCGACUGUCUAUGGUUUCGCCACUGGCUGGACCAGCUACGCCGCCGAUUACACCGUCUACCAGCCCGCGGACCGCAGCCGCCGUAAGAUCUUCUUUGCCGCCUGGGGAGGCCUGAUCCCCCCUCUUCUCUUCACCCAGUUCCUGGGUAUCGCUGUUAUGACCGCCACUUCCAUCAACGGCGGAGACAACAAAUACGCCCUUGGUUACAGCCAGUCUGGAAACGGAGGUCUGCUGGGCGCUGUUCUUGAUCCCGUCGGUGGCUUCGGCAAGUUCUGUCUGGUGAUCCUGUCUUUGUCCAUCAUCGCCAACAACUGCCCCAACAUCUACUCCGUUUCCCUGACUCUCCAGGUCCUGAGUCGCUACUCCCAGCGCGUUCCCCGUUUCAUCUGGGUCCUUCUCGCCUCCGGUGUCUCCAUCGCCGUCGCCAUCCCCGGUUACUCUCACUUCGAGGAAGUCCUGGAGAACCUGAUGGACUUCAUCGCCUACUGGCUGGCCAUUUACUCCGGUGUCGCUCUUGCCGACCACAUCGUUCGCCGUGGCUUCUCCGGAUACCGCCCCGAGACAUAUGACAAGCCCAACAAGCUGCCCUAUGGUAUCGCCGCUUGUAUCUCCUUUGCUUUCGGUGUCGCGGGUAUGGUUACUGGUAUGAGUGAGACAUGGUACACAGGUCCCAUCGCCAAGCAUGCUGGUAAUGGUGAUGUCGGUUUCGAGUUGGCUCUCCUCUUUUCUUUCGUCAUGCAUUCCGUUCUGAGACCUAUUGAGCUGAAAAUGCUGGGUCGGUAAAUGCGUUUCUCUUUCUUUCUUCAUGUCGAUUUUUCUACCUUUUCUUUUUCUUGUUGGUUAAAAACAAGGGCUUGUACUUGGGAUACAGAUUUAUGGGUUGAGCUUGGUAGUCAUGUAUGUCUCCUUUGGGAAUCGACGAUGGAUGUGAUGAUGUCGGUUCCGUGGUACGGAACCUGUCUGGCUGCUUUCUAUGAUGUUGGCUGGACUUUUAUGUAUAUAGAUGUAAUCAUUGAUUCUAAUACACCAUUCCGUGCAGAUGUGCCGGAGAUGAAUGAAAUAUGCAGAAGUG